CCAGCAGAAGCUCGACCGGGAUCGUCAGAGUGCCCUACGACUUGGCCGCGCACGCAUCCCUCCUCUAACAAGAGCAGCGAUAUCGAGUCGAUAUCGUGAGAGCGCGCGCGUCGACAACGACGAAGAGGAGACAGCGAGAACGUGAACGAGAGGAGGAGAAUAGUUUAAGAGACAAAACGCUCAUCGAGCGUUACACGAUAGCUGAAGAAGAAUAUAAACCUUCAUCGAGUUGUGUUAUACCCUGGAAAGGAACAAGCUCGUAGCUUUCAGAAAGUUCAGGAUAACGUUGUGCGAACGCUGACGGUUUAACCACACGUGAACAAUGAAGUGGUAUUUCCUAGUGCUGGUCACUCUGAUCGCUUUCACCAGGGCCGACAAUGCGGUCCAGACGACGGACUUAACGAAUUUCAACUGUCCCGAUCUCAAUUCUCAAGAGGAGAUAGAUCUCGAUAAGAUAAUGGGCAAGUGGUAUGUCGUUGAAAUUCUGGAGCAUAAGAACGAUCCGAUAAGACCCAUGACCGGUAAACGCGUACUACUCGAUUCCUGUCCAACCGUUCAUCUACGCUCGCACGAAUAUUCCUCGCUGACACUUCUCUGGACCGAGGCUGCUGGAAACUUGGAAUAUACGUUUCGGAUAUCUGACAUAACCAGGAAACCCGGAUUCUGGAUGUCGACUUCUAUGCAAAAUGGAACGUUGACAGAGAAGAAAUACACACAAUUCGUUGGUUGCGUUCACGUGAUGAAAGCUGUGGCCUCGGACAUGGUGUUGACCUUCUGCUCGCGAGGCCCGGAAAGCCAACUUUAUUCCUUGCUACUCUCUCGGGAACACACGCUUAGUGAGGCCGACAGACGAGGCGUUCACAAUCUUCUUGGCCGACGUGGUCUCAAGAUUGUUGGAAUUCGUGAGACCUGCAUGAACGGUGCAGCUGGAUGGAGAAGAGCUACGAUUGACCUCGUUGCUUCUACGACCCUUCUCGCUCUCCUAUCUUCCGCGAUUCUCUCCAGAUCCUCACAGUAAAACUUUUGACAUGAGACCAUACGACUACUCCGCGAUUUCUCGAGCACCCUUUCGAAGAGCCCUUCUCUCGUCUCUUUGAGUCACGUAGAUCUCGCGGAUAAUCUUCGCUCUUUUCCUGACAUAACGCAUUUCACGAUUUUUCACUAUAUCGAUACUGUUUCUCAAUUUCGAUCGAUUCACUCGAAUACCGUUAGAAUUAGCAGAAAAAUUUGUUUUCAAACAGAAAAGAAAGAACAAAGAGACAAAGUAUUUCAAAAUAUCAACGAUAUCGAUAGCAUUACGAACAUUGUUACUUAUCCAUGAGAAAUCUUUCCGACGAUAUUUCUGUGAAUCGAUACAAAUGAGGGAUAUAUUCGAUAUAUAUAUCACAUCUUUCAUUCAUCCUUUACUUCGGUUUUAAAUAGCAUCAAAGAAUCGUUCGUAAGAAGAUAUUUCGCGUAAAGAUUUUGUCUUAAAGAGAGAGAAAAUAGAAAAGUAAAGAAAUUGACAAAAAAAAUUUUAAAAAAUUAAUAAUAAUAUUAAUAUUAAUAAAAAUAAUAAUAAUAACUAUAAUAAUAAUAAUAAUAAUAAUAAUAAUAAUAAUAAUAAUGAUAAUAAUGAUAAUAAUAAUAAUAAUAAAUAGAAACAAAUUCAUGUUGGAAGGUCGAACUCCGAGUAUCAGCUCUAAGUAACACGACAAUAUCGAUUUACACACCGAUCCAAUUAAAUUUCGAUUUUUCAAUGGGUACGACUUUUCAACGUUGAUAUCUUUCUAUCUUCGAAAUAGCAGUAAUAGGACAAAUUUUCAAAGAUGAUCCGAGUUCGUUGUACUCGUAAGUUAACAAUCGAAAUCUUUUCGCAAAAGGCAAAGAGAUCGUAAUGGCAUGGCUUAACGUUAAAUGCCAAUUGGGCUUUUUUACGCGACCACGCGAAUUUUAAUCGUCGAUAAAGUAAAAUUCGAAUUUAAUAAUACUCGCAUCUAUAUCACUAUGCGUCGCGAUUUUUUCUGAUAUAUACAUAUAUAUAUUAUAUAUAUAUAUAUAUAUAUAUAUAUAUACUAUAUAUAUAUAGAUAAUUAAAUAACUCGAUCGUUCUACUCUCGAAGUGUCAGCUGUUUACCAUGCCACGUGCGUCUUUUAAGCAAGAAAAGUGAAUUGUUGAUUUUGUUUAAAUUCAUUGAAAGAUUUAUUCUUUUUUCUUCUCUUUUUUCUUUCUUUCGAAUGAUCGUUUAAAAUCGAUCAUCGAUCUCGUCGUUCGUAGCUCGUCUCGAUGUUAACGAUCGACAAUGUUUUAGCUAGAUUCUUAAUAUGAAUGAAACGUCGUAUGCAGUUAAUUGUUGAUUCAAAUUGUAAUCUAUGCAAAAAAAAGAAAACAAAGAAAAAAGACAAAAAAAUAAUCGCGAGAGACUACGUGACGUUGUGUUUUAAAAAAUGCUCUAGAGUCUUUAUUUAUUGUACAGAAUGCUGGAUAUAUGAUGAUAUAUAUAUAUAUAUAUAUAUAUAUAUAUAUAUAUAUAUACCAUCAUAUGGUAUGUAUAUAUACAUACAUACAUACAUACAUACAUACAUACAUACAUACAUACAUACAUAUAUAUACAUAUAUAUAUAUUACGUGUAUGUAACUGAUCUAGUACCUAAUACGAUGUAAUCGUAUGCUUAUUAUGUGUAUAAAUAUGGAAAAAAAAGAUAAUAAAAACUGGAAGCCGA